AUAAAAAGCCUAAAACGCGGGUAACUACAACGUGCAUAUAUUCUCAGCAACAUCGUAUUUGGUUUGUGUUUGUGGUUGAGAAAGUGAAAGAGGAAGAAAGAUGAUAGGACCAUCGAGGCAACAGUUUGUGUUGUUUGGUUCUUCCAUUGUUCAAUAUAGCUAUUAUGAAGGUUGGGGAGCUACUCUUUCUCACGUUUAUGCUCGUAAGGCUGAUAUAGUUUUGAGAGGAUAUGCUGCAUGGAAUUCAAGGCGUGCUUUGGAGGUUUUGGAUUCAAUCUUUCCCAAGGAAGCCAAAGAACAACCAUCAUUGGUGAUUGUGUACUUUGGUGGAAAUGAUUCUUCUAUACCAAAUCCAAAUGGCAUUGGUCCUCAUGUUCCUCUAGAUGAAUACAAGGAAAAUAUGAGAAAGAUUGCUACGCAUGUGAAGAACCUUUCUGAGAAGACUCGCACAAUAUUUCUUACCACUCCUCCCAUCAAUGAGGCACAAAUCCUUCACAACAUUGAUCCACAGGGGCAGCUAGAGAGGACAAACGAAGCUUGUAGAAUAUAUGCAGAAGCAUGUAUGGAGGUGUGUGAUGAGAUGAAUGUCAAAGGCAUUGAUUUGUGGUCUGCUAUUCAAAAAAAUGAUAACUGGGAAGAUGUAUGCUUCAUUGAUGGAAUUCAUUUGACAAAUGAGGGAAGCAAGAUUGUAUCAAAAGAGAUAUUGAAUGUGCUUAAAGAAGCAGAGUGGGAACCUAGUCUUUAUUGGAAGUCAAUGCCAAGUGAAUUUGGAGAAGAUUCACCUUAUGAUGUUGUUGGACCUGAUGGAAAGACAACUUAUAAUUUGUCUAACUUUAUCUACCCUGAUAAUGACAUGUGGGACUAGACUUGAGAACAUGUUGGAAUUCACAGUAUGCUCAACAAUAGUUGCCAAAUCACAAACUUCAGUGUUGGGGCGUAUGAAAAAUGACAUUCUUUGUUCUUGUAUUUUUCAAUAAUAAACGGGUAAGAAUGAUUUUACCUUGAUUCCAACAUGUAAUUUUAUUAGGCCAAGUGGGUUUUAUGAUGGUUUUUGUUGAUAUCAAUUAUUCAUCUUUCUUUCAUUCAA